UACUAAGCAACAUACAGUCCGUUUCGUGUUUCUCCCCUAUUUCUCACUUUUACACUACGCACCGGAAAAACGGUUUUUCCGCCAAAUCUUUGUUUCUUGUCCCGCCAGUUUAGAGACAUCUAUUGAAUAUCUGAAUUACCACUGUCACAGAUCAUCGUUUCUGCAAAAGUAAUAUGGUAAUACCUUAUAUAAGUAAAUAGGUAUGUACUUAAGUAUACCUCGAUUUAGGAAUACUAAUGUUUAUGUUUAGUAUAAACUUUGCUUCUGUAAAUAUGUUGUGUAUUUAAGUACCGUAAUUAUACUAUGUUGUCCUGUUACAUGCGGAUACAUUAUUAAAUAGUAAUAAUGAUCAAAAUUAAUUAUGAAAUUUUUAUAAUUAGAAUACACGAUAAAUAAAUAAAAAGUAUUGUCAGUUUCUCUAGGAAAUUUAUUUAUAUAAAAAAAUGGGAGAUAAUCUUCGUAAACAGGUGUUAUCUACAUUUAAAAAACUACAUCGAACCCGAAUGAAUACUUUUAAUGGGGAUGAAGUUGCAUUAACAGUUACAAGAAACAAGAUUAACGAAGAAUAUAAGAAAUAUAAGAAUGUUACAAACACAGCUGCUAUUGAAGAGUUGAACAAAUUUGCUGAGGAAGUGGAACAUGAAGUUCGGACAACUGUAAUACAAGCAGUUGAAAAGGAACCAGGAAAGUUUGCACUUCGUAUCACACCAGAUAAGCUGGUGGACAAUGCAUCUUACCAGGAUUCUAAUCAGCAAUCUCCUAAUGGUAAUUGUAAUAUAAAAUCAACUACAAAAAGUAAUUCAAAAUAAUAAAUAAUUGUUACUUAUUUAAUGACUGUUUGUUUAUAAAUUAUAAAAGAUUUUUAAAUUCUAUUAGAAAUGUAUAAUAAAAGUUGAACAUUAAUUUAAGAAUCGAAUUUAACUUUUUAUUCAAUAUUUUAUAGUACAUUUAUACACUUGUGUUCAAGAACAAUUGUUGUCUUGUUAUAAGAAUUAAUAAUAAAUUAUCAUGAGUUUAUUUGGAUCAAUAAUAUCAAUUUAUUUGAUUUUAAUUGUUGUCAAAUAUAACAUUUCUAACAUUGA